AUGCAUUCAGGAGAUGUCAGUCCAACAACUCCAAAGCUCCAGCUCCAGCUUUCUAUACCUCAUCAUGAUCCAACAUACUAUAUACCCGACGGAAACACCGUUUUGCUCGUAGAAAACACGCUUUUUAGGGUCCAUAGGUCGACACUGACAAAGGACAAGUCUACCUUUGACAGUAUGUUCUCCCUAGACUCGGACCUACGCUCAAGCUCCAGUACGCCGAGUGUCACUGCGGGACCCGAAGGUGAAAGCGACGACAAUCCGAUCAGGCUCCAGGGAGAUACGGCACAAGAGUUCCGCGCUCUUCUGUGGGCUUUAUACGCCUUGCCACACGAGCUCACCCUCGCGCUAACGCCCAAAGCGAAUGCAUCUCAGUUGUUCAAUCUCGCUCGUAUUACGCAUAAGUAUGAAUUCCGCUCGAUCGAAGCAUGGGCUCUUGGUGCCCUUACGACUAUAUACACGCGCCCAACGCACUCUCCCAAUCUUCAAGUUGAAGACGCCGAGGGGCCCAACCUUGUGCAACUUACUGAACUUGCAUCUCUUUGUGAGCAACGGGAUCUUCUUGACGCUGCCACAUCGCGAUGGAAACGGCUCCUCGCAUCUGGAAAGGACAUCGCACUUGCUGUUGGAGUUGCAGAACGGCUUAAUCUACGCACCCUACUUGGUUUCGCGUAUCAUGCCAUGAUGCUUCAAGGCCGGGAAGUCUGGGAUAACGAUACGUCACUCACGCGAGCACAGCGCAUUCGCCUUCUUUCUGGGCAUUACGCUCUCGGCCGGCUAUGGGAACGUCUGCCAGGCGAGCCACCUGCGAUCUCACAUAGUCCGCGGUGUACAGGGGGUGCUCAAGCACGGUGUAAUCAAGCCUGGGCUGCGCUAUGGCGCUCAACGUUGGAUAUGGGCCGUCAGGUCCUGCUCAUACAAUACGCGGAUGUGGUGGGCAAAUUAAUGCUUGCAGAGAGUGUCACAAAGGCCCUUGUGGAGCGGGAGAUACCUACGCAAGGAAUGCUCGAUGGAAUGCCGUGGUGCAAAGACAACGUCUUGGCUGCUGUGGCUGGGAAGGUGAAGGAAGUACAAGAGAGUUUGGCCGAUUAUUUCACGGAUGUGAUAUGA